AUGCCGACGUUGACAACAAUUGCUUUACAAAAUCUAGUCGAACACCGGACAUCCAGCCGCAAUUCGUCGACUUUAAACAACCCACUAACAACCCACAUCCAGACAUCGAAUGCUAAUCGGAGACUCGAUGUGUUUGAGGUUCAAUCGGGUGGAAAUGGAGAAGAAAAAAUGUUGGAUAGUUGUUUGUUUGAUUCAGAUGAUGAUGGGUUUGCAGAUGCUCGGUGUGAUUCGGUGAGUAUUGCUAGCUCGAUUGAUGUAGAUGAUGAUUUUGGGAGGCUAGGGUUUGAGGAUAUGAGUGUGGUGUCGAAUCAAAUUGGGGAUUAUUAUGAUGCUGUUGAAGAUUUCUCGUCAGAUGGAUCUAUGUCAAGUAUAGCUUCUUGUAGGGGCAACUUAGAAUUAGAAUUGCGUAGCACAAGGCUAAAUCUCCUUGUUGAGAUCGAGAAACGGAAGGCUGCUGAAGAUGAUGUUGCUGCUAUGUUUACUCACUGGCACAGAGUCAGCAACUUCCUACUAGCACCCUCAUCAAGUGAUUGCAGUUCUACAAUACAGUUUGACAUCAAUGCAGUGAAGCAGUUAUCUGAGGAAGUUAUUGUUGCUAGAUUUGUCGCGGAUUCCUUGGGGAAGGCUGAAGCAAAGGCAGAAGCUGAGCUGGCUGCACAGGUCAUCAUAGCAUCUAAAGAUAAAGAGAUUUGCAGGCUACGAGACAGGAUGCAGUACUAUGAAGCUAUGAUCCAUGAAAUGUCCCAAAACAACCUUGAAUCUAUGGAGGUGGCACGGAGGCAUAGGGAAAGGAAAAGGGGGCAUAGGAAGUGGUUAUGGGGUUGCAUUGGAAUGUCCAUUGCGAUCGGAGCUUCUAUCAUAGCGUAUUCAUACACUCCAAACAGUUACGCGUUGGAAAGUGUUGGUGAUACACAGCCAGAGGCUGCAUGA